AUGAAAAUAGGUACAUUUAAUAACGGCAAUUUGAACUCUACUUUAAUGUUGGGUCCAAAAAAAAAUAAAAGUUUAUGUAAAGAUACUGAGAAAAAUGCUCAUGGUGAAAAUGGUUUACAUUUUUUAAUUGAACCUAAUUCAAUUGGCAUAAACUCAGAUGAUAGUUAUUCCCAAUACAAAGGAACUAUUGAUGAGAUACUAGUUCCAAAAAGUGUAGCUUUAGAAAAUUCUCGUGCCACACAUUCUAAAAGUAGAGACGUUUAUCUGAAGAAUUGCAAUAUGAACUAUAAUGAAGAAAAGGAAAAGUAUUUUGUUGUCGAAGAACAUUGUUCUAGCAAGAAUGAUGAUAUUAUUACCUAUAGCUCAGGGAGAACGAAGUUUUUUCGAUUGAAACAAUAUAUGUGCAAUUUUUUAAUCAUGUUAAAAAGAAAAAUAAAGGGAACUCAACUUUUAAAAGGGCAACAAAAAAAAAAAAUAUUCAGUGGGCCUUAUAACUUUAAAACUAGAAUUCGCAUAUUAAAAAUAAUUUGCAUUACUUUAGGUAUUGCCUGUAUAAUUUGCCUUUUAGUUGUUGUUAUUACGGUAAUUGUCUCGUUUAAAAAUAAGUACCAUAUUUUCUAUAUUAAUAAGCACUUUACAGAUGAAGAAUUCAGAGAUAUUCAUGAAUUGGAUAAUAUUGUUCCCGAUGAAUUGGUUGAUUAUUCUCUAUUUGAAUAA